AUGAGGUUACGCUUCAUUGCUGGGGGCAUAGAGGAAAUCAUUGAAGGUAAGAGUGUCCCCACUAAGAAGAAGAAGAAGCUUUAUGAUCACCUCUAUGUGGACCUAAGAAGAGUUUCCGAUAUAAAGCUUCUAAUUACUAAUCUUCUGUCUAAACUCCAUGACGUGCUCCUUGCUUGUGGUGAUAUGCCUUCUUACGUUCGAGUCAAUCCACCAACCAUUGGAUGGGUGGCCAUGAAAGACUCUUCUACUAUGAAUGCAAUAUCCUAUGAGUGGCUAGAUUUGCCGACUCUCGGUGAGCUGCAACCAAAGAAGAAUUUUUUCGAACAGUUUAGUUCGCAUUGCUGUGAUGCAACAAAAACUAAUAAAGUAAGGAACAAACUGCUGGUGUCUAGGGAAGCUCUCAACAUGGGUGUCAGCAAGAUUGUUUUCCCUGUGUAUAGGAACAUAAUUGCAGUCCUGUUGCUCGGCCCAUUUGCCUAUUUUCUUGAGAGGAAAGAACGACCUCCUCUCACAUUCUCGUUUCCUGUUCAGUUCUUUCUUCUUGCGUUAUGCGGGAUUACUGCAAAUCAAGGAUUUUAUCUGGUGGGCUUGUACUAUGCCUCUCCUACCUUUGCAUCUGCCAUACAGAAUUCAGUGGCUGCAAUCACAUUUGCCAUGGCUGCUGCUCUAAGGCUGGAGCAGGUUCAUAUUAUGAGGAGAGAUGGGGUGGCAAAAGUGGCGGGAACAAUUGCUUGUGUGGGUGGGGCAUCCAUCAUCACCCUCUUCAAGGGUCCACCAUUACUACACCAUCAUUCCCUUAUUUCCUCGGAGAAGACAGAGAACUGGAAAUUGGGUUGCCUUUACCUUUUUGGGAACUGCUUGGCCUGGUCUGGUUGGAUAGUCCUGCAGGCGCCUGUACUUAAGAAGUACCCGGCAAGGAUAUCUGUUACUUCCUUCACCUGCUUCUUUGGGGUCAUCCAGUUCUUGAUCAUAGCCGCCUUUGUAGAAGCAGAUGCUCAGCAUUGGAUCAUCCAAUCCAAGGAGGAGCUCUUCACCAUCCUAUAUGCUGGCUUUGUGGCAUCUGGAAUUGCUUUCUCUGUUCAGAUAUGGUGCAUUGAUAGAGGAGGCCCCAUGUUUGUUGCUGUUUAUCAGCCUGUGCAAACCAUUGCUGUUGCCAUUAUGGCUUCCAUGAGUCUUGGUGACCAGUUAUACACAGGAGGCAUUGUUGGAGCUAUUUUGAUAGUGGUGGGUCUUUACUCGGUGCUACGGGGUAAGAGUAAGGAAAACAAUUUGAAGGGUGAAGGAAAAGGAGAUAAGUUGAGACAACGUUUGGUCUCUAAUGACAAGUCACAGGCAGAAGGUGCAGUUAUUGCUGUUUCAUCAGACAUGCCUUGAAUGAGAGAGAUGGAGAGAUCCUCCAUUACUGCCCUGAAACCACCCAUAUAUGGUUCAUUUGCAGAUACCCAACCUGAGACAUUUACCUCAUACUUUUUGCUUGUUGGUUUGAGCUGGAAACCGUGGUGGAAAAGCCACUCCCGAUGCUUUCUCUCUUAGUGUAGUUUACUAUCAUUAUAUUUCCAGUUCUGAGAUUGGAUCAGAUACCCUAUAACGUGUACUGAUUCUGAGCAAAUGGCUCCUGACAAUGUCAACAUGAAUGCCUAGUUACUUACAUGACGCCUACAUGUGAAAUGAAACCGCUCUUUAAAAAAUUAUGAAAGGGUUGGUGUUCAUGUGA